AUGUUGAGAAGACCCGAGAUUUGUCGCGCGGCGCGCUCCUCCUCCCUUCAUCUCAGCACGAAACCUUUGCAGACUCGCAGAACGACCCUGAGGUUGACAACUUUCGGCGCUUCCAGCCAGCCACGUCGCACAGUUUGGAAGCAAACCGCCGCUAAGAUGUCCGCCAGACCCCCCAACCCCUACAUGAUCUUCCCCAGCGUCUUCCGCCGCGCCACCGAGCAGCCCGAAGUCCGCUACCACAGAGGCACCACCCAGGAGUUCCAUGGCCUCGUCCUCCUCGGCGUCGCCGUCGACAUCCUGCACCACUACCCCCGCGACUCCAACGUCAACGCCUUGCGCGGCGAAAUCAUCAACAUUGGCCGCGACAUGGGCACGUCUCGCAUCGGCGACACCAACAUGACGAUGUGGUACGUCGUGCGCGACAUGGCGGAGCUCUGGGUCCACGACGCCUCCGAAGAGUUCACUGAGCUGUACCUCGAGACCCUGCUCUUCAACACGAUCGUCCGCGCCUACGACCGCUUUCUCAGGUCUCCGAUAUACACCACUGGACACAUGACGGCUCACAGGGUCAAUGCUCUCGGCUACUUUCGCUGGGGCUGCAGGUGGAACGAGGGCGUCGAUUACCUUCACGACUUGCAAGACCAGGGCCUCCAGUGA